GGGCUGGGCGCUGAGUUUCGGGCGAGACCGCGCGCUGGCCGCCGAGGGCGCGGAGGGCCGGGCGCGUUGCCGGGGUCCCACGCGUCGUUGGGGGGGAGAACUCGGGUCCCCUCCCCCUAGAUCUCCGUGUAGCCGUGGGAUUAGGGGAAGGUCGCCUCGAGUGUCACCUCGCCGGGAUCGUGGGCAGACCCGGACGGGACUUGCAAGCUAGCUAGCUCGCGGGCGAGUGAAACUUGGGAAUCCGACGAAGCAGAAAUGCUGAGCUUCCUUCGAAGAACGCUUGGCCGCCGGUCUAUGCGCAAGCAUGCUGAAAAGGAGCGACUCCGAGAGGCGCAGCGUGCUGCCACACACAUUCCUGCAGCUGGAGAUGCCAAGUCCAUCAUCACAUGCAGGGUGUCCCUUCUGGAUGGGACAGAUGUCAGUGUGGACUUGCCGAAAAAAGCCAAAGGACAGGAGCUGUUUGACCAAAUUAUGUAUCACCUGGACUUGAUUGAAAGUGACUAUUUUGGUUUGAGAUUCAUGGAUUCAGCCCAAGUAGCACAUUGGUUGGAUGGUACAAAAAGCAUCAAAAAGCAAGUAAAAAUUGGCUCACCCUAUUGUCUUCAUCUUCGAGUUAAGUUUUAUUCCUCGGAACCAAACAAUCUCCGUGAGGAGCUAACCCGGUAUUUAUUUGUUCUUCAGCUAAAACAAGAUAUUCUCAGUGGGAAGUUAGAGUGUCCCUUUGAUACAGCAGUUCAGUUGGCAGCUUAUAACCUGCAAGCUGAACUUGGCGAUUAUGAUCUUGCUGAACAUAGUCCUGAACUGGUCUCUGAGUUCAGGUUUGUGCCCAUCCAGACUGAAGAGAUGGAACUGGCUAUUUUUGAGAAAUGGAAGGAAUGCAGAGGUCAGACACCAGCACAAGCUGAAACCAAUUACCUGAAUAAAGCCAAAUGGCUAGAGAUGUAUGGCGUUGAUAUGCAUGUAGUCAAGGCUAGAGAUGGCAAUGACUAUAGCUUGGGACUGACUCCAACAGGAGUCCUGGUUUUUGAAGGAGAGACCAAAAUUGGCUUGUUUUUCUGGCCCAAGAUAACCAGAUUGGAUUUUAAGAAGAAUAAAUUAACUCUAGUAGUUGUGGAAGAUGAUGAUCAGGGCAAAGAACAGGAGCAUACCUUUGUCUUCCGAUUGGAUCAUCCUAAAGCCUGCAAACACUUAUGGAAAUGUGCUGUGGAGCACCACGCCUUCUUCCGCCUCCGCGGACCUGUCCAGAAGAGUUCGCAUCGGUCCGGAUUCAUUCGACUAGGAUCACGAUUUAGAUACAGUGGAAAAACAGAGUAUCAGACCACAAAAACUAACAAAGCAAGAAGAUCGACUUCCUUUGAAAGAAGGCCCAGCAAGCGGUACUCCCGACGGACCCUGCAGAUGAAAGCAAGCACAACACCACCUGAAGACCUUGGUGUUCUUAAUCCUUCAGCCCAGAACAGUGACUCCCAACAGGCUUGGGGUGUGCGGUCUCCUGUGCCUGUGACUUCUUCCUCCUCGUCUGCUCCUGUGCUGGUGGAGAUAGAGAACCUUCCACAGAACCCUGCAGCACGCCAACAUGACAGCAAAUGCUUGCCCCUGAGCAUUGAUUUGCUCAGUAGCCCAGACUUACUAGAAACAACCAUUGGUGAUGUAACAAGGACGUCAGAGACUUCAGCACCAUUCCCAGCACCAGAUGACGUUAAUGUAGCCACCAGGUCAAGUGAAUUAGAGGAGCUCAAAGCUGAGUGCGAGACAUUAAAAGAUGACACAGAGAAGCUGAAACAGCUUGAAACAGAGCAGAAUAUCUUGCCAUCUCUUCGACCUACCAUUGACAUUAAUGUCAACAGCCAGGAAGAAGUGGUAAAGUUGACUGAGAAAUGUCUUAAUAAUGCCAUUGAGAGCCCAGGAUUGAGCGCAGUAAGGGUUCCUCCUGACUUCAAGAGUAACAUUUUGAAAGCUCAAGUAGAAGCUGUGCAUAAGGCUACAAGAGAAGAUAGCUUAUUAACUCAUAAAAAUGCCGGCCUUCAGGAUGCUGCCACAAACAGUACUGUAUGCAAUGAAAAUGACAUGCCCGUCUGCAGAGACUCCCUCACUCCGGUGCAGGGUACAGCUGCAGACAGUGACUCUGUGCUAAAGGAUGCUACUGAUGAACUGGAUGCCUUACUUCUUUCUCUAACUGAGAAUCUGAUGGAUCACACAGUAACACCCCAGGUGUCGUCAUCAUCCAUGAUCACACCCCGGUGGAUUAUUCCACAGAGCACUGCCAUUGCCAAUGGACUCGCAGGGUAUGGAGCGUCUCUGGCAGGGAUAGAUGGGUGUGGUCAGAAAGAUGGACUCCCACUCAUUUCCCCCCCAGCACCAUUCUUGGUAGAUGCCGUGACCAGCUCUGCCCCUCUGCCUGAAGACUCAGCCGUGAAGCAGAAGUGCUUGCUGACUACUGAGCUCUGAGGGCUGCUGUUCCCCACCUGGAACUGGAACGCCCCACCCUGUCCUGUCCCUGUCAGCCCUGGAUCCAGCUGAGUGUGUCCUUUACUUGGGGAAAAUCUUCUACCAGGAUUUGACUUUAACUCCAUAAAGAGAGUAGCUACAUUUUCCGUCCAACUGGAGUCUACCCUAUAUGACUGCUUAACUGAAGAUGCCCCCUCCCCCUCCUCCUCCUCCUCUGUAAUUGUAUUUGCAUUGCCAAUUCCUGAAGCAAGGAUGGUAACUAGUUCCUGCAAACUGUUGGCUCCACCUAGCGGUUGCAAGUGUUUAUAGCUUAGAGCGAGGCUUACUGUCCAGAGCCUUUUAUUGCUGCUUCCCUGUGAUGUCAGGUGAGCACACCUGAGCUGAGUGCCUGCUGGAGAAAUGGGUGGCACUUUCCUGCGCAUUCCCUGGAGAUGAGAAUUCAGGAAAUGGAUGAAAACACUGUGAUUAGAUCCCAGGCCAGCUCUUGCACAGCUGCUAGGAUUCUUGGAGAAGCUGAGAAGAACAUAGAGGGGUGAGGAUGUCACCCACACUUUAAAUUCUGAGCAGUAAUGACUGACCUUCUGUCAAAGAUAAAUCAGAGAGGUUCAGUGUCUAGGAAUGUACUCCUCAGACCCCAUUCCUGUCGGAAGCUUCGAAAUCACUGGCCUGUCCAUAACUGUGCAGCCUGGGCGGGAGGGAGCAAGUGCCAGCUCAGGGACCCGAGGUCUCAACCUGAGGCCUGUGGGCAGUGCGGCCCUACUAGGCUUACCAGCUGGGAGGUCUGUCAGGCCCUGUUUAGGCAUAGCCCCCAGUUCCUUUUGAUGUACACUAAGUGAGCUUACAGCUUCCAAGAUGAAAGGAAAAGAAAAAUACCUGGCAGAAAUGGGGAGUGGCCAUGAGAGGGUUUGGGUUCUUGAAUGAGUACAGUGAACGAAGUCAGUUUACAUUAGGGCUUUGUACUCAUUUUAAAGUUCUCUAGAAUCCCCCAUUCCCUUAGCCUGUACCAAAAGAAGUGAUGAUGGUAAAGUAGUACGCACCCAUCUUAGGAAAGUGUAUGGAUGUGUAUCUGUCACCCCAGAACAGAGAAAUGACUGUGCUGAAGUAGCUCUACCUGCUUGGGCUGAAGGGUCUGGCCUCAGUUGCCAUGGAGAUGAGGGUGAUAUGCAGAUGGUGGUGGUGCUAAUAGUGUUGCCUUGUGACCGAGCGCUGAUGCUGAGCUGUGUCCCCGGGAGUUUGGCUCUCUCUCUGCCCAGCGUGUGUUGUGUGUGUGCUUGAAUACUCGUCCUAUCUUCUCAGUUAAGACCCCCGCCCGUGCUCUGAAAGGCGCUGUGAUUGGAACUACCCUGGCUUCCUCGUGGCAUGGUAUGUGCUCAGGCAAACACUAAUGUCUUGAUUGGGAAGCUCGGGGAAUUCAGUUCACAGUGUCCAGGGGAGCUGGACAGUUUAGAAACCACUUUUGCUAAACAGUUUGCUAAGCAGUUGCCCUUCUUGCUGGCCGCCUCCCCUUAGCCAAUAGUGCAGCUUGUGCAUUCGUCAGCAGUGUUUUUGCCAGUCCUCAGUGAUAAGACAUUUCUUACAGUAUGGCACCUAGAAUCGGGGCUUGCCCCAGGACACAUUGCACUGGAUAUCAGAUUUCUAGUGUCUGGAAGUCCUGGAUGGCCUACAAGGCUAACUGUUCUGCUAGCACACACCAAGACAUGGUGGCUUAGACGUCCUAAAUGUCCUGUUCUGCUUAGGGACAAGCACUGUCCCUUCAAGAUUGAGUCGCUGAGAGUCAAUGUAUCCCAUAACAUUGUCUCCAGGUGCCUGAAUUCUUGCUAGUCAGAAUAUUUGCUAGGGACUUGGUUAGGCUUCACUUGAAUCUCAGUAAAAAGAAAUCCUAUGUUCUACUGUCAAGUUGUAAGCUUAGAAGUUAAUACUUAGGUGACGAGUUUGCCCUGACAGAUUAGACACUGUCAGAUGUUUCCUGUGCUCUUACAGCACGAAGUACUCUGCUCCUUUGAGAAUGGUAGUGUCUAAUGAGGCAGGCCUGAGAGCACCUGUGGAAGCAGGAGAGGCUGGGCAAGUCCAUGAGACAGUGAGAAUGCUGACAGAGUGAGGCUGGAGGUAUCAGCUGGGUAAGAAGGCAGCGGGCGGGGUGAGGCCGAGUCAGGAAGAUAGGCAGCUGCCCGCCAUGUGAGUUUAUGUCACAAUGGAGAUAGGGCCAAAAGGCUGUCCUGCUACAUGCCUAGGGAGGGAGCGAGGGAACUGGGCAAGGUUCAUAUUGUGUCCCUGGCUGGGGUAGGGACUUGGCAUGGCUGUUUCCGGUAAGAUAUGAAGGUUCAGUUAGGAGUCCGAGGCUCCGCCUCAGCACUUGGAGAGAAGGGAUCUGAAUAUGUGAAGGAGGGAUCUGGAUCCUGACAGCUUCCAGGGAGCAGCUCCUUUCCACACAGACUCCCAGUUACCGUCCCUGCUCCUCGGCAGGUGGGGUCCUUAGCAUUUUACUUUGCUUUGAGAAGUAUUCUUUACAGACCUGUGGACUGUCCCUAGGCGCCUGCCUUGCACAGGCUUAGCUAUCCUGGGCAUGUCUGGGGCUGAGGUCUCCAUGUUCCUAGGAUCUCCUGCUUGGUUUGCUCAGUUCCGGCUAAAGCUUGGCCCUCUCCCCUUGUAGCGGAGCCCCAGAAAACUGCUGUCCCUUGCUAGAUUGUUUGCUAGGUACUCAACUGAUGAAAAAUUGUAUUUUUUUCUUUCUUUUCUUCCUUCCUUUUUGUUUCUUUCCUUUUUUCUCUGUGUAGCUCUGGCUGUGUAGCUCCUGGAACUCACUCCAUAGACCAGGCUGGUCUCAGAUUCAGAGAUCCUCCUACCUCUGCCUCCUGAGGGCUUCACUAAAGGCCUGCACCACUACACCUGGGAACUUAUUUUCUAAGUAAGGUUCUUGUCUUUUCAUUUGGCAAGUAUCAUAUUCAUUCGUUGACUUGUGUUGUUUGACUUUGGUUGUUUUGAGAUGGGGUCUCACUCUGUAACCCAGGAUGGUCAGAACUCCUAGCAACCUUCCUGCCUCAGCGUUCCAGGUGCUGGGUUUUCAGCAUGAACCAUCAAGCCUGGCGUAUACUUGUUCUGACAAGCUGUUUAUUUGGUUGGCUUUGGUUUUGAGUUGCUAGGGAUCAGACCCAGGACCUUGGACCGGGAAUGGUGGUGUGUGUCUUAAGUCCCAUCACUCUCUGAGCUACAGGCAAACUAAGGCUACAUGGUGAGGCCUGUGUCUCACUCUGCCACCGAGCUCUGUCCCCAGACACAUUAAGUUUGUUCUAUAGAGAGCCAGAGAUAACAGACAGUUCACCACUCAGCUCUGCUGGUGCUGUGCAGUAGCAUCAGAGGCAGGGCUCAGCGUGGCUGCACUCACUGGAGCUGACUUACACUGCUGCCUCCCAGCUCCGAGCACAGUAGAGUGCUGCCUGCAGUGCAUGGUCCGCAGCACCAGCAGCCACUCAUGCAGUCAGCACGUGAGGACAUUGUGUCGAGUUGUCCACAGGGCUGCAAGAUGAGAUUGUGGGCCUCAGCUGUGAAAGUCUUAGUCCUAUUAUUUGAUCCAUCUCUUGGCCAUCCAGUUGACUGGAAAUUUGUAUACAUGUAUGUAAUAAAUAAUGUGGGUUUAUAGAUCAUUGAUGCUUUGUUUUUCUGGGGAAAAAAUUAAACUUGGGUUUGGAUGGUCAGGAUGAACUGGAAACAUUCCUGUGUUGCCAGGAUGGCUAAUGGCAAACACCAUGGGAACUUGUCCUGAGCUGUGUUCUGCUGUGUGAACUUGCUAGUGGGGUCACUUAUCUUUUUCUUUAUUGCAUUGUUGGGGGUGAUAGCCACUAAUUCUCAGGAUUCCUUCUUAUCAGAGUGUUGUGUGUGUGCGUGUGUGUGUGUGUGUGUGUGUGUGUGUGUGUGUGUGCGCGUGUGGUAUGUUCUCAUAGAACUCUGUACUCUUUCCAUUUUCGCAUCUGGAAUCUGGAUACAGGAGAUGAUUAUGAGGACUACUAGCUAGUUUGUGUUUACUUUUUCUACAUGUUAAGCUCUGCGGUAGCUUUGGAACUGUAAUUUAUUUUUGUAUCACGUGCACUCUACUCAGUGACUUCCUGUUGUAUGUUGCUUGUAUGAGAAGCACUGCACUGCACUGUGAGUUGUCUAUACACUGAACAAGAACUCUAGGUAUGACCCAUUCCAAUAAAACCUCCAUGAGAUGUUCA